CAGCCAGCGUUUGGUUUCCGCGCCGCGCCGAGCCGACGAUGGAAACAACAAGCAGCGAGAGUAAAGCGGAGGAGCCGCCGACAGACGGAGGGAUGGAGGCGGACAGGGCCAUGUCGAGGUCGGACAGUGAGAGCGGAGACGAUUCCCUGGAUGGCCUCUCGAACCGUGUCCCCCGGUGCCCUUUGACCCCGUCUUUAUCGCCACAAAAACGGACCACGAGCCAAUCUAAGACCGAGCCUCCGCUGCUGAGGACGGACAAACGGACCAUCUACACCGCCGGCAGACCACCUUGGUACAACGUCACAGGGACCACCUUCAAAGAGGCCUUUGUUAUUGGUCUGUGUGGAGGAAGUGCUUCUGGUAAAACCACAGUCGCCAAUAAGAUCAUUGAAGCACUCGACGUUCCCUGGGUGGUUCUGCUCUCCAUGGACUCUUUCUACAAGGUGUUGAAUAAAGAAGAGCAAGAGCUUGCUGCCAAGAACGAGUAUAACUUCGACCACCCCGAUGCCUUCGACUUCGAGCUGCUGGUCACCGUCCUCAGAAAGCUGAAGAAAGGAAAAAGCAUCAAAGUCCCAGUUUACGACUUCACGUCGCACUGCAGACGCAAAGAAUGGAAAACUGUGUACGGGGCCAAUGUGGUCAUCUUUGAGGGCAUCCUGGCCUUUGCCAACAAGGAGCUGCUGAAGCUGCUGGACAUGAAGGUCUUUGUGGACACAGAUUCCGACAUCCGCCUGAUACGGAGGCUGAAGAGGGACAUUUCACAGCGCGGACGCGACAUCAGCGGCAUCAUCAAACAAUACAAUAAGUUUGUGAAGCCCGCUUUCGAGCAGUACAUCGAGCCCACGGUGCAGUCGGCUGACAUCGUGGUGCCCAGAGGCGGAGAAAACUUUGUAGCGCUGGAUUUGAUUGUUCAGCACGUUCACAGUCAGCUGGAGAAGAGGAAGCUCCGCUGGGAUAUAUCGGCUCUGGCCUCGGCUCACCAGGGGCAGCCAUUACCCAAAACCCUCAGUGUGAUGGAGAGCACCCCGCAGGUCCGCGGCAUGCACACCAUCAUCAGGAACAAGGAGACAAACAGAGAUGAGUUUAUCUUCUACUCCAAGAGAUUAAUGAGGCUUCUGAUAGAACAUGCCCUCUCCUUCCUGCCUCUCAAGCCGGUAUCUGUGGAGACGCCUCAGGGUGGCGUCUAUGACGGCAAGAGGCUGAGCGGUAAACGAAUCACAGGUGUUUCUAUCCUGAGAGCAGGAGAGACCAUGGAGCAGGCUCUGAUGGCUGUGUGUAAAGACAUCAGACUGGGAAAGAUCCUCAUCCAGACCAACCAUGACACAGGUGAACCAGAGCUUCACUACCUUCGUCUGCCCAAAGACAUCAGUGAAGACUACGUCAUCCUGAUGGACAGCACCGUGUCCACCGGAGCCGCUGCUCUCAUGGCCGUCAGAGUGCUGCUAGACCACGAUGUAGCAGAGGAUAAGAUCUUCCUGUUGUCCCUGCUAAUGGCGGAGAUGGGUGUCCACUCGGUGGCCUAUGCCUUCCCCAAAGUCCGCAUCAUCACCACCGCCGUGGACAAGGAGGUCAACGACCAGUUCCACAUCAUACCCGGCAUCGGUAAUUUUGGAGAUCGUUACUUUGGCACCGAUGCUCCGUCAGACUGGUGUGAGAGCGAUGAAGGGAUGGAUUUCUGAGGAGGAAACUUAAUCAGGGAGGUGGAGGGUUGUUACAGAAGCACUUGGAGCCAUGGAAACGGUGAGAAGAGCCUCCGUCAUCCCUCGCUGCCCCGUCGACAUCCGCCUGACGGCGGGGGGGAUGCUGUACAUUCAGAAGCGGUGGAACGGUGUGAUGUACUAAUGAAGUCAGUGAGAUUCAGUCCAUUCCCCAUUCAAGCUUACAGCAACAUUUUUAAAGGGGUCAAAGUGUUUCCUGUCCUGCAGGAUGUGGGAUGUUUGUUUAUUCCACUGCGAUCUCAAAGCCGUGUGAUACAACUGCUGCCAGCUUAAGCUACUUGUUGAUAAAAAAAAAAAAAGCUUGAUUAUGAUGUAGAUAAUGUUGCCAGUGAUGUGUUUUUACUGCUGCAGCUACAAGCUGAGAAGCCUCUGAUGUACUGUCAGUUUACUGGAAGAGCCUUAAAAUCUUUUGAGUUUCUUACAGGAUUUUGCACAGUGAGUCUUUCUCUCUCUCUUCCUUCAUAAACCAGACGCUGUAAAUAAAUGAUCUCCAGCUGGAGAAGGUUUGGCUAGAGCUAUGCUCAGUUUUAAUCCUUAGCAAAAAAUAAAAAGGAUUCACGGUGUUCAAUCCAUCCCCUGCUAGCUGCCUAAUCAGUAAUGAUGUAUUCAUAUGAUUUGCACAAAGAGGUGACAUAAACAGACGAUAACGCCCCGUCUCUAAUCACGAGUGGUGUUCAGGGGCGGACGUUUCUGGAGUUUGAUGUGAGGUAGUUAGCAGUGUACUGUGAUUCUUUUCUUUUUCUUUUAGCUUAAAGCUUUUUGUAAGAAUGAAUUAAUGUAUUCCAGCUUUGCUCUGCUAAUGAAGCUGCAGCUGUCUGUACUGUAAAAUGAUAUUACCUCAGGCGACUUUCACUGAAGAGAACAACAAAGAUUCAUACUUGAACAAGAAGACUGACUGAUGAUUAAGGGAAAGAGUCAGAUGUUAUAUUUGUUUUGUUUUUCUCUAUUAAGUUAAGUACGUUACCACAGCAAUAACACAGAGCCCUGUCGUUCUUUGUUUAAAGUUAGAUGUAGAGUUUCCACCACGCUCAGAAAAAAAGGUAAUUCAUUUAAGUUUAAAACAGUUUCAAGUUAAAUAACCUUUUAAAAAAAAAACAACAAUAUUUUAUUUAGCUUUAGCUGCUCAUCAAGUCAACAUAUAGCUAUCAGAUGCUUUGUAUUGCAUUCCUUGUCACACUUUGUGUAGAAGCUGCACAUAUGAGCUUUGCAAAAAGGAGAAAUCUGUAAUAAUCGUAUAGACCAGGAGAUGAAAAAUGACCCCAGGUCUUACUGCUAAUGUCACGAUUUCAAACUACAGCACUUGUGUUGGCAUAAAAUAAGUGUAUUCAGAUAUACAUCGUCACAGGCUGAAGGUCUCGGUAGCAUUUCAUGUGUGAACUGCUUAAUAUUUUUGGUUUUUCUGGGUUCAAUACAGAAACUGACACUUGCUGGUUGUGGUAACGUCGCUCGCUGCUGCUUGUGGCCAAAUUUUCUUAAAAUGUUUUUAUUUAUUUAUUACAGUUACAUCACAGCCAUUCAUCCAAGUUACAUCACACCAGUAUGCUGUUGUUUUUAAUGCUGUCACACUAAAAGGUCCUGCAGACAAACUCACUGUCCACAUCUGUUGAACAAUAGUCCUCGUUCAGAGACAUUUUUAAAUGUUCGCCAUAACAAAACACUCGUUCAAUAAUUCUGUUGUGUCCAGCCAACGUUAUGCAAGUUAAACAUUUUCUGCACAUUACAACAAUGACUUGAAAAGAAAGUCACCCGCUGUGACUUUAUCUCUACUGUAUGACGCAACAAUUCUAUGUGGGAGCAGGUUACCUUUAUGUUAAAUGAUUAACAUGCAGACGUUUUACGAAACAAUGUUGCUAAUAUAUUAAAAUUUAAGAAGAAAAACUGCAAUUUGUGACCUUUUUGUGUAACUAAUAACACUACUAAUGGCUCAGUUCUGUUUACUUGGUGCCUUUUUUUUUUUUUUUUUAAGCCACCGGUACACCUGAAUGGAACCCGUCCAUGAUUAAUGUUACUGAGUUACACCUGUGUUUGUGAGGAAGAUCUGUUUGUUUCCAGUUGUUGUUGUUGUUGUUUUUGUAAGUUCCACUUCACUUGUACAAAAUAAAAAUAUUAAUUGAACAUAA